AUGGCGCUGCCGGAGAGCGGGGCGGGCGGCGUGCUGCCCAUCAGCGCCGUGGGCGCCUGCUCGGCGGAGGGCGGCUUCCCGGAGGUGGUGGAGCUGAACGUGGGCGGGCAGGUGUACGUGACCCGGCACGCGACGCUGCUGAGCGUGCCGGACAGCGCCCUGGCCCGCAUGUUCGCGCCCCGCCGCGGCGGCCCGCGGGAGCUGGCGCGGGACAGCCGGGCGCGCUUCUUCAUCGACCGCGACGGCUUCCUCUUCAGGUACGUGCUGGACUACCUGCGCGACCGGCAGCUGGCGCUGCCCGAGCGCUUCCCGGAGCAGGAGCGGCUGCGGCGCGAGGCCGAGUUCUUCCAGCUGGCCGAGCUGGCCCAGCUGCUCGCCCCGCGCGGCCCCAAGCGCGGCUCGCUGCCCGACGAGGGCUGCCCCAGCGACCCGGACGACGCCGCCUCGCCCGGCGCCGGCGCCGGCGACGACGACCCGCCGCCGCCGCCGCUGCUGCGGCCCCCGCGCGCCGGCGAGAAGCGCGCCGGCUUCCUCACGCUGGGCUGCCGCGCCGCCGCCGCCCACCCCGCCGCCGCCGCCGCCGGGCGCGACGCCUCGGCCGAGGGCAAGUUCCGCCGCGUGGCGCGCAUCGCCGUGUGCGGCCGCGUGGCCCUGGCGCAGGAGAUCUUCGGCGAGGCGCUCAACGAGAGCCGCGACCCGGAGCGGCCGCCCGAGAAGUACACCUCCCGCUUCUACCUGAAGUUCACCCACCUGGAGCAGGCCUUCGACCGCCUCUCCGAGGCCGGCUUCCACAUGGUCGCCUGCAACUCCGCCGGCGGCGCCGCCCUCCUCGGCCAGUCCCGGGAGGACAGGAGCUGGAGCAGCUACACCGAGUACAUCUUCUACCGGCCGCCACAGAGAACAACCUCUCCCAAGCAAGAGCACGAAGACCGAAAGCAUGAAAAAGUCACAGACAAAGGAAGCGAAAGUGGCACUUCCUGCAACGAGUUGUCCACCUCUAGUUGUGACAGCCGUUCUGAACCAAGCACGCCCCAGGAAAACACCGCCACCGCCCAGCCAGCCACGGGGCACCAGCCAAAUACCCUGACUUUGGAUCGGCCCUCUAAGAAGGACCCCCUGCAAUGGAUGGCACCUCCAGACAAACGCAGGAACAGUGAACUUUUUCAAACUCUCAUUAGCAAGUCCAGAGAAACAAACCUUUCCAAAAGGAAGGUGUGUGAGAAGCUGAGUGCUGAAGAAGAGAUGCAGAAAUGUAUUCAGGACUUUAAAAAAAUCAGCAUUCCAGAUUAUUUUCCAGAGCGCAAGCGUCCUUGGCAAUCUGAACUGUUACAGAAAUAUGGGCUAUAGUUUUUUCAAUAUUUCUUGACAUAUCAAUGGUGCAUUUAGUGUUUAUCAAGUUGCCACUUUAUUACUGAUGUACUUCUUCUUUCCAGAUAGACUGAGUCAUUCUGUGAGUCGUCCUUGCUGUUUCUUUCUUGUGAACAAUGGGUGUCGGAGGGGCUGCUUUCUUUUUCUUUCUUUCUUUUUUUAAAAAAUGGGAAAUACAAAACGAAACAUGAAAGCAUUAUGGAUCAUUUUAUAGUAGUUAAAAAUGUGCAUGAUCAAGAUAUUUUUGGUUUUCGACUUUCCCAUUCGUGAAACAAAUAUAUCAUCAGAUCAUUUGCCAUUCUAUGUCCACGAUAGCAGUGAUGCAAAAUUCCAGUGGAUGAAGAAGAAUGGGCUUGUGAUAACAGAAUUAAAUCUGAACACUUUUAAAAACUUUAAUGCAAUAAAGCAAAUGUCUGUUUUGCAUGAGCACUACAGUGACGGCUAAACCACAUGAGAAAAAAAUGGUUUGUCUGCUACUUUGGAUAAAUAUUUUUGUUUAAUACCAAGGCUCUAAAUGUAAAAUGUCUUUGGAAUUGAGCUUUAUGAGGAUUUGUGUGUGGCUGUGUGUUGUUCCGUAAGGAUGGUGUAAAUAUGCCCUUAUGCUAUUUUAUAGCUGCAACAACAUUCACCUACUAGAGUUCAUCUGGACUGUGUCUGUGAAAUGCAAAAUUGUCAGCAGGUUGUGAAAAUUGGUUUGAUUCUCUGUUUUCAUGUUAGUCAACAAAAUUGGAGGGGGGGGGGAGGAUAAAAAAGACCCUAACAUAUUUGUUAAAAGGGGCCUACUGUGAGAUUUUCUUAAUGACU